UGCACAGCUGGGCUAACAUGGCUGUGGCCGGGGGAUCUUCCUAUUGGUUGGGGAAUGAAACCUUGAGAGUACCAGUGGCGCUUUUUGCCUUGAACAGGAAACGUCUGUGUGAUCGGUUGAGGAAGAAUCCAGCUGUGCAGAAAUCUUCUUUGGUCCUUCUGCAGGGAGGGGAGGACACAAAUAGAUACUGUACAGACACUGGAGUUCUUUUCCGGCAGGAAUCCUUCUUUCACUGGGCUUUUGGUGUCACUGAGCCUGGCUGCUUUGGAACUAUUGAUGUUGACUCUGGGAAAUCUACCCUGUUUGUUCCCAAGCUUCCUGAAAGUCAUGCUACCUGGAUGGGAAAGAUUCACUCCCGUGAACACUUCAGGAAGAAGUAUGCUGUGGAUGAUGUGCAGUAUUCGGAUGAAAUAGCCACAGUCUUGACUUCAUUGACUCCAUCAGUUCUCCUCACCUUGCGUGGUGUUAAUACAGACAGUGGCAGUAUAUGCCGGGAGGCUUCAUUUGAAGGCAUCAGCCAGUUCAAAGUCAACAACACCCUUCUUCACCCAGAAAUUGUGGAGUGCCGCGUGAUUAAGACUGACAUGGAGUUGGAGGUUUUGCGAUAUACCAACAAAGUCUCCAGUGAUGCCCAUAGAGAGGUCAUGAAGGCAGUAAAAGUGGGGAUGAAGGAAUAUGAGAUGGAAAGCCUGUUUGAACACUACUGCUACUCUCGAGGUGGGAUGCGUCAUACUUCCUACACAUGCAUCUGUGGCAGUGGAGAGAAUGCUGCCAUCUUACACUAUGGACAUGCCGGGGCCCCAAAUGACAAGACGAUUCAAGAUGGAGACCUAUGCUUAUUUGACAUGGGAGGUGAAUAUUACUGUUUCUCAUCUGAUAUCACCUGCACCUUCCCUGCUAAUGGGAAAUUCACCCCUGACCAGAAAGCCAUCUAUGAAGCCGUGCUGAGAUCCUGCCGGGCUGUCAUGAAUGCCAUCAAACCAGGAGUGUCCUGGCCUGACAUGCACCGUCUGGCUGACCGAGUCCACCUGGAGGAGCUCACUCGCAUCGGCAUCCUAACCGGCAAUGUGGACGACAUGGCUAAAGUCCACCUGGGGGCUGUAUUCAUGCCCCAUGGACUUGGGCACUUCCUGGGAAUUGAUGUACAUGAUGUCGGCGGCUACCCUGAGGGCGUGGAGCGCAUCGAUGAGCCGGGCCUGCGGAGUCUGCGGACAGCCCGGCAGCUGGAGCAAGGGAUGGUGCUGACCGUGGAGCCAGGCAUUUAUUUCAUCGACCACCUUCUGGACCAGGCCUUGGCCGACCCUGCCCGAGCCUGCUUCAUCAAUAACCAGACUCUGCAGCGCUUCCGGGGCUUUGGGGGGGUCCGCAUUGAGGAGGAUGUGGUGGUGACUGCCAGCGGUAUGGAGCUGUUGACUUGUGUGCCCCGAACUGUGGAGGAAAUAGAGGCGUGUAUGGCAGACUCCAACAAGACCUUUGCCCCUUUCCCUGCCCAAAAGGAGUAGAGUCUGUGGGCUCCCAGUUUUAGGCCCUGUCUGUUCUCUCCUGAAAUAAUUCAUGGGGAGUCUCUCACUGCUUCCCAUUUAUAACUUCUUAAGAAAUCAGCAGAGCAGAUCAUAUUAAAUACCAAUGCCUUGUUACUAAAAGACCAAAUUUUCUCUGGAUGGUUAAUCUGCCCAUCUAAGAAUGCAAUUACGAUUCCUUAUUCACUGUUGGCUUUCCUUAAUUGGGGGGCCUGGGGGAGGGGGUCAGGAACUAGAGAAUACAUGCUGAUUUAGAAGAAAUAUAUAUAGCAGCAGCAGACAAAUUUUCAGUACAUGCUGAGAAGACAGGAUUGUUUUCUCAGGAAAGAUACAUUCCUGAAUUUUUCUUUCUCAAAAAUCAGCACUUUCUACUCAGUCUUUAGUGUUUCCAGCCCAAAUCUACAUUAAAACUUAUUUCUUUAAAA